CGUUUUUAAUCUAUGUUCAUGGGAAAAGCAUUGAUUUAACAGUCUUUCUCUUGUAUAAUCAUUGGUUUUGUGUAAAUUGUGCCUGUGAUGUGUAUUGCAAGUGAUUAAUUUAUAAUAUGUAUAAGAAUCUCUUUUGAAGAAUUUCUGGGGAGGAAAAGGUUUUCAAUGUCCAUUGAUCCCAGCGACAUAGUGCAGCCAGGACCCACUCUCUACGAGGCAACUGCUGGCGAGAUCCCAACCACCUCCACCAACGUUGGGUUCAUGGUGAUGUCUUACCCAGGGAGGCCUCCCAUGGUGCCAGGUCUCCCCGCCAUGGGUCCGGGAAUGGGCAUGCCGUACAUGCAGAUCAGCGCGCCACCACUGAUGUCUGCCGUGAUGCAGAUGCCUCCACAUAUGCUGCCCGGGCCGCCACUACCGCCCUUGCCGCCCAUGAGGCAGUUCCGCCCGCACGCCAACCACGGCCACCACGGGGGCACCAACGCCAGCUCGGCACGCCACAACUCCUUCAGCAAGCGGCAGCAGCAGCAGCAGCAGCAACAGCAGCAGCAACAGCAGCAGCAACAGGAACAGCCUGGCGGCCCGCCGGUCACCGUCUUCGUGGGCAACAUCACGGAGCGCGCCCCGGAUGCCAUGAUCCGCCACAUCCUGGCUGCCUGCGGACACGUCCUCUCCUGGAAGAGAGUGCAAGCCUUUGGGUUCUGUGAGUUCGGCAGCCCAGACGGCGGGCUGAGGGCUAUUCGACUGCUUCAUGACAUGGACAUAGCAGACAAGAAGUUAGUAGUCAAGGUGGAUGCUAAAACCAAGACAGUUCUGGAUGAGUAUAAAGUGGAGCGGUGGAAGAAGGUGAAGGGGAGGUCUCCGCUGCCGGACGAGAUGCCGGACGACGACGAGUACCUGGACGAGGCGAUGCAGACCUCGGACAAGAUGGCGCUGGACCGCAUCGCUGCCACCAUGGAGGACUAUGAGUCUGACAUGACCAACUACUCGGGCCCUGCGAGGGAGCGCUCUCGCAGCAGCUCCGACAAUAAGGAGAGGAAGAUGUCGCGUACGCAGGAGAAGCUGAUCAAGCUGAGUCAGAACCAGGGUGAUCCGCAGGACCCUCCCCCGUCAGACGCAAGCGCGUUCGAGGACGUCGACAUAGAAGAGGGCAAGCGUGACCUGAUCACCAGAGAGAUUGGCAAGUUCCGGGAGAUCAUGAAGAAGCAGGAGGAAGAGAAGGAGGAGGAGCGGGAGAGGCGCAGGAAGGAGAAGGAGCUGGAAGACAGAGACAGAGAGAAGAGGCACCGCGAGAGGGAGAAAGAGCGUGAGAAGGAGAAGGACAAAGACAAGGACAAGGAGAAAGACAAGGAGAAGGAGAAGGGGCGGUCCAAGACACGCUCCCGCUCUCCCACGCACAGCCCGGCCUCCGAGAGCACCAAGUCUCGCAACAAGACGCGCGAACGUCGCCGCUCCCACUCCAGAGAUCGGGAGAGAGAGAGAGAGCGGGAGCGAGCAGAGAGGGAAAGAGAACGAGAGAGGGAGCGAGAGAGGGAACGAGAGAGGGAGCGGGAGAGGGAACGGGAAAGAGAGCGCGAGAGAGAGCGUGAGAGGGAACGUGAGCGCGAGAGGGAGAGGGAGCGGGACAGAGAGAGGGAGCGCGAAAGAGAGCGAGAGAGAGAGAAGGAGGAGGUGAUUCCGAGGAAAACUGAGCGAGAGAUUGCACGAGAGAGAGAGGAGGAAGAGGAAGCAAAGGAGCGAAAGAAGGCAGACCGUCGAGCGAGAGAGAAGGAAGCAGCGUAUCAGGAGCGCCUUCGUAACUGGGAGACACGUGAGCGUCGCAAGCACAAAGAAUAUGACAAAGAAAAAGAAAGACAGAGACUGAAAGAUGAAGAACUGGAGAGGGAAGCAAAACGUCUGAAAGAGUUUUUAGAAGACUAUGAUGAUGAGCGGGAUGAUGCCAAGUUUUACAAGGGGAGAGAAUUGCAGAAGCGCCUGGCAGAGAGGGAGAAGGAGAUAGAGAUGGACGGAAGGGACCGCCAAAGAGAGAAGGAAGAACUUGAAGAACUCAGGAGUAAAAUAUUUUCGGAGGAUCAUGAGGACCCAUCGGCAGAAUUUGAAAAGGAGAAGAUGAUGCGGGAGGAGCAGUACCGGCCGCGGAUACUGAUCAACGUGCACCUGGAGCACGCCAGGCAGCGGGAGCGGGAGGACGAGAGGGAGAGGGAGCGCGAGAGGGAGAGGGAGCGGGAGAGGGAGCGCGAGCGCGAGAGGGAGCGCGAGAGGGAGGAGGAGCGGCUGGCGGCCGAGGAGCAGCAGCUGGAGCUGCAGCAGGAGCAGCUGGAGUCGCUGACGCCCGCCCAGCCGCCCGUGCCCGAGUCCCCCGACGAGCCGGCCGAGCCGGCCGAGAGCCCGGGGGGCAGCAGCCCCGGGGACAGCCCCGCGCCCCCCGAGCCGCCCCCGCCCCAGGAGGAGGACAGCCAGGCCUCGGUGGUGUCGAGCGGGGCGGAGGAGAAGGGGGGCGGCUCCCCGCUGCCGGCCGCACCCAGCAAGAAGAAGAAGCUGGACGUGAAGGAGGUGUUCAACACGGACGACGACGAGGACAGCACCGUGGGCACCAAGAAGCGCAGGCUGGUCCCCCUGGAUUAUGGUGAAGACAAGUUUAAAAAGAAAGAAGAAAAGAAAGAAGAUAUUGUAAAGUCACAGGAAGAAAAACGAAGAAACAUCAAAACGCUCAUUGACAAAAUUCCCACCGACAAGAACGCUUUGUUUGAAUACCAGCUGGAUUGGUCUGCAGUUGAUAACCAACUGAUGGAGAGGCGCAUACGACCGUGGAUCAACAAGAAGAUCAUAGAGUACAUUGGAGAGCCGGAGCCCACGCUGGUGGACUUCAUCUGCUCCAAGGUGCUGGCGGGCAGCGCGCCACAGGGCAUCUUGGAUGACGUGCAGAUGGUGCUGGAUGAGGAGGCAGAGGUGUUCGUGGUGAAGAUGUGGCGACUGCUCAUCUACGAGAUAGAGGCCAAGAAACUGGGGCUCGUCAAGUGAACCCGCGAAGCUGGUGCGACGACGCUUGUGAACUCCUGUUCCCACGGGCGUCACGCGUGCGUCUCCGGUGUAAAUAACGUGCAUAACUUAUCUGCUGGACAUUGUGUCUACUGUGGCGGCCGCUGUCAUGUAGGAUGGACUCCAGUGUUCAUGGUUGGUUUGAACUUGUGAGUGUGAAAAUGUACAAGCAUUAUUUUGUAUUGAAACCCGUGGGACUGUUGAAAAAAAAAAAAAUUUUUUUUAUUGUGACUUAGAUAAUAGCAACAUAUUUAAAUAACUUAAUGGUUUCCUUCACUUUAUCAUGCAAUCUAGACUUUUUUUUUUUUUAAUAUAAACAAACUUCAAAUUGCUGAUUAUGUAAUGAGAUGUGUAGUGUACAGACAUGAUGUUUGUACAAAAUUCUUUACAAGUUUUGGUUCAGAUAGUGUGCCAUAGCAUCAAGUCCUUUAAGGUAAUUUUAGCCUUUUGAGAAUUUUCAAAUUGCAGAAAAUGUUUUAUUAAUAAUGCAGUGGAAUUACAGAGGUAUUUUCAUUGAUAUUUGUUAUCAAAUACAAAGACAUUCAGUCAAAGUAGCUGCAGGUAAAGGCCACUUUGUGUACACAAAGAGGAAAACUCAAGUUUUAUAAAUCAUAAAAGAUUGAAAUUACCAUGAAGAGACUUUGAAUGAUGUCUUCUUGUCCAGCUUAUAGUCAUAGGCAUUUUUGAGCAAUGGUGUUUGUCUUUGUAUAUGGUGACUUAUCCUUUGUGCAAAGUUGAUAAAUGCUUGUUAAAUGUGGGCAUUUUGCUUAAAAAAAACACCAGCAUACACUUUUUUGGUGUAAAAAGAUGAAAGUGAAUUAAUUCAUAAUCAACUUUGCCAGAGUAAAUUAAAGUGCAGAUUAUAAAAUGUGUGUUUUCACCAGUGGGUUUUUUAGUCUUCAAGUACUGAACUUAAGUACAAUGUUGUUCUCCCAAAGACUGCAAGCUUACCAGAACAGUUUUUUUUUUCUCCUUGGUUAGCAUUUUGUCCUUGUGCACCAGAGGCAGAUGGUUGUGAACAUUUAAUCUUUGUCCCGACACAAAAAACUUUAGCUAGUGAGCUUGUAUUAAUAAAUGUCAAAUGUAUCUGAACUCAGGUAACCACCUCAGGUGCUGUUCUAGAAGCAGAGGAUCAUGGAGCCGUGCUGCAACCAUAACUCAUUCGAGUUCCAAGUGUCACUUUCAAACAUCUAUACAGUAUACAGUUUAUCUGUCAAUGUGCAGUAAUGAUUGAACAAGAGCUAAUUAUAAUUUAUUACAAAACAUCUUUUUCAGAACCGUGGAACAUGAUGUUGACUCACAAAGUUAAUCUAUGGUGCAGCCAUAAUAUACACAUUCAUGAGUAUAGUGUCUAAUAUGUUUUAUCUCUUGUGAAAUAACAGCCAACACUCAAAACAAGCUGCUAGAAGCUUAAUUUCUUACUUACCUUAUUUUCACACAUGAAGCUUUGUACUUGCUUGUAAUGAAACAUUUUUUUAAAGGAA